ACUUAAGACUUGGGUAAACUAUUAUUUUGGUCCCCUACGUUUGGGGUGAAUUCUAUUUUAGUCCCCAACGUUUAAACUGUUCUAUUUAAAUCCUAAAAAGAUUUGAUUUGCAUCAAUCAAGUCCUUCCGUUAAAUGGGUGUCAAAUUAUUGACGCCGUGUCCGACGUGGCAAGGAAGAGUUGAUAGUGGUUAGUAAACGUGUAAGCCUUCCCGCCCUUGGACAUAACGCAUGCUGCUUACCCUGACUCUUCUUCUUCUACUUCUUCUUCUUCUUGUGAAGCACGAAACGCAGAGGAAAAGCCAGAAACUCUACCACUAGUCACUGAAAGAUUGCGAUUCGCAGCCAGAGAAGUGACAUUGUCGUUCAGUUACGUUUAAGCUCCACAGCAGCAGUGAGUUUGAAACCGUUGCUUUCCGGGAGAAGAUCGUGUCAGUUUGGUCGAGAGAUGAGCUAUUUUAGUGUCAAGAUACACCAUGGGGGAAAGUUCGGGUUUGAUGGUGAACCUUUACACUAUGUGGGGGGUGAGACUUCGAUAGUGGACUACUGUGAUGAAGAUAGGUGGAGCAGGUUCGAGGCUAUGGAGAUAGUGCUCGAACAGGGAUAUGUGAUAGAGAAUAUCGCUGCAAUGUGGUAUAAGUCUCUGAACGAUGAAACAGAUGUAGGGUUGAGGAUGCUUCACACAGACAAGGAUGCCAUGGACAUGGCUAGAAUUGGAAUGAGGGACAACAUGGUGGAGCUUUUUGUUGUUCACAAAGAUGCUGCUGCUACUACUAGGAAAGGCUGCACUAUUGAGGAAAUUGAAGAGAUAGAUGGUGAUGAGGCUGCUGCACCCACUGCAGACACUAUUGGGCCUGGUCCAAUUGUGUUGCACAUGCCAGUCAACCACAACCAUCAAUAG